AUGAUAGCCUACAUAAAGAGAGUUGAAAUUAUUCCUGUACUUACUCAUGCUUAUGAAAGUACUCUUCCUAAAAAUGAAGAAAUUGUUGACGAUGAUUUUAAUCAAAACUGUAAUACUUCUGUUGUUGAUCUUGAAGAUGAAUAUAAAGGGAAAUUAAGCAAACAUGUUUUGGACGCUCUAAAAGAAAUGGAUGUUCUCGGCACUCUUCUAAAUGAAUGUUGGUUACCCGACAACGAAUGGCAAGACUCUGCAAAAAUUGAAAGAAUGCGUCGAAUUGCUGACAGAGUUCGAGAAAUGGACGGGCAUUUAUAUGAUUGUUUUUCUGACGCUAGACAAAAAUCUUUUUGUUCGAAAAAAGGAAGGGAUUUGCCUUCUUUGAGAAAAGGAUUUCUUAAAUGGAUUGAAGCUGAGGAUAUAGAGCAGUGUGUUUCUUAUUUAUUCCAAUUUUGUGCUAUUGAGAUUGUGACAAUUCUCGUUGAAAGUGCCCUUUUAUGUAGAACAGAAGAACAGCAAAAGAAAGAAAAAACGUUGGAGGGAUAUUCUGCCGAAUUUAAUGAUAUAAAUACCCCUCUUCGUCUGUGUCAUUAUGAGGAAGCUUUAAAACGUAAUAGAGGAUGGGCAUUGAGAGGAGAUAUUUUAUUUGGAAAUUUUUAA